CUGUCAGGCUCUAUAAAACCUCUGACAGUUGACAGAUACACACAUCAGUCAGCUUCAGCCUUCAGUCUGUCCAAACCAUCCAGGACGCCGUGGAACCGGAGGAACCGGUGAACCUGAGGAACCCAAGGAACUAGAAGAACCUGUGAACCUGUGAACCUUUGAACCGGAGGAACCUGAGUAACCUUAGGAACCUGUGACCCUGUGAACCAGAGGAACCCAAGGAACCUGUGACCCUGUGGACCUGUGACCCAGAGGAAGCUGAGGCACUGCUGUUUGAGGUCGGACUGGAUCACUGUCCUGCACAGGUCAAACAUGACAGACCAAUCAGCUUUCAUCCUCAGAGUGACCUACCUGAUGAUGAUGAUGAUGUUCAGCACCGAUGCUAAGUUUCAGCUCAUUAACAGUAAACCUGAUGCUGCCGUGGGAGACGAGGUCAUCAUGAUCUGUAAAGCUGGAGCAGAAGGAGAAAUAACCUGGCACAAGGACGGGGUGGAGAUAGACGAUGAGGAGAAGGUGUCCAAGGUGGACGAAGAGUCCUCCAAACUGAUCCUAAAGAAGGCGACUCUGGAGGACGCAGGCAGAUACACCUGUGUGUGCGAAUUCGAGACUGGACACCGAGACGAGAGGGACACGCAGCUGUACGUUUACGAUGGUCCAUCAUUCACCACCAAUAAGACCUACCAUGAGUUCCUGGAGGGGAAUGAGGCCGUGGUUCCGUGUCUGGUGGUGGGGAGUCCAGCUGUCGACGUCCAGUGGUUCAGAAACAAAGAGCAGAUCUCCUCUGAUGGAGCGACUCGUGUCCAUCAGAGGACCGACAAUACGCUGGUAAUCAGAAACGUGAAGAGGGACGAUGGAGGGACGUACGUGUGUCAGGCUCAGAUCAGAGGACGCCCCGUCUACCAGCAGCAGCUGGUGUCCGUGGUGGUCAACGCUCCUCCUUCGGUCCGUGUCAGAGAGGAGUUGCAGAGGGUGAUGGCCGGACCCUCCUCCAACACCUCCCUUUUGUGUUUGGUCCACGGGUCCCCUCCACCUAACAUCAGCUGGACCCUGCCGGUGACCUUUGACCCCUCCCGUCACCUGUUCAACUCGGACCGCAGUCAGCUGACCAUUCUGUCCGUUACCACGGCCGACAAUGGGAAGUACAUGUGCACCGCCACCAACAAGAUCGCUGAGAGCAGCGCCACCACCAGGCUGGAGGUCUUUGAGGCCCCAGAGGUGUUCGUGUCUACAGACCUGCAGAGCGUGUCGGUGGGUGGACACGUGUCCGUGUCCUGUAACGUGUCUGGACAUCCUCAGCCUGAGUUGCACUGGCUCAACAAACACAACGGACGCACACUGGACUCGGUGUCGGGGCGUGUCCGGGCGGUGGACGGCGUGCUGCUCAUGGAUGGCGUGGUGUCGUCUGAUGGCGGCCUGUACUCCUGCGUGGCCGUCAGCGCCUCAGGAAACGCCUCCAGAGAUGUGGCCAUCCACACUCAGCCCGGUCCACCUCACUACCUGUCGGUGUCUCCUGGACCCACCUCCGUGGUCUUCAGCCUCAAAGACUUGCCGGUCAGUGGAGGGACGCCCAUCACCAGCUUCGUCCUCCAGUGGAGACGAGGUCCAACAGAACCAUGGGCGGAGCUCACAGUUCCAGUAACAGACUCCUUAUCCAUUCCCUCCCUAAAGCCCUACACCUGGUACAGGGUCCGUCUGGCUGCACUGAAUGCUGUUGGACUGGGACCGUUUUCAGAUUCUAAAAGUGUUCGGACUCAGGGAAUACGAGAACCCGACAGUCCGGUUCUGUCGCCUGGUCAGAUGCGGAUCGAUGGAAACUCCUUCUCUGUUCCUCUUACGCAGAUUGAUGACGGAGGUUCUCCUCUGCUGCAUUUCACUGUCCGGUUCCGACAGGAUAAGGAGGCAGCUGAGUGGACGGAGCUUCGUCUGUCCAAGGACGCAGACUCCAUCCUUCUUCCAAACCUGUCCUUCGGCUCAGACUAUCACCUGGAAGUCACCGCUGUCAACGCUAACGGUUCGUCCGUCCCGGCUUCAUUCAACUUCACCAUCGCAGAGCGUCCUGUGAAGCCCAGCGGCUCCAUGACCAAAGGCAGUGUGGUGGGCAUCGUCAUGUUCAUCUUCUUGGUGGUUUUCCUGGUGGUUGACGCCUCCUGUUGCUAUAGAAACCGCUGUGGCCUCCUCAUGUCCAUUGCUGUCAAACUGUUUGGACAGAGGGUUCCAGGUCUGAAAAUGAUGGAGGACGGAGACGGAGCCACGAAUGGUGAGGUGAAGCUGAAGGGCUUGCCCACCCCCCGGGGCAGUUUGCAUCAAGUGGGGGUUCAGACCCAGGCCACGGAGGCGGGGACGCUCCGAGAGGUCACCUGUGACAAAGCCCCCCUCACCAAACACGAGAAAACACAACCAGGCAGAGAGUUGACGUCUGGGGACGCAUGAGACGGACAAGGACUAGAGACAUUUGAGACCAGCUGUGAUUUCAUGUCAUUUUGUUUGAAACAUUAAAACCAACUGAAGCGUCACUGACUGGACGACCAACCCACCUGUUUGGACAACCGACUCACCUGAUUGGACGAUCGACCCACCUGACUGGACGAUCGACCCACCUGACUGGACCCAGGUUGAUGCAUGUGAGAGGACAGCUGGUCUGUUUUCAGUGUCUCCGCCCACGCCGCUGUUGUCAUGGUGAUGACAGCAUGUUUUCCUAGCGUGUACAGGGUAACAGAUGUGAAAUGUUUACAUCCAGGUCUUUGUAUUUUAUUCUCUAUUGUGUGAUUAAUGUAUAGAUAUAGAACAUAUAGAAUCUAAAUGUACUCAUCUGUCUCUAACCCUGCAUAUGUGUGUUUUUAUUGAAUGUGGCUGAUCAUCUCCAACUAAUACUAACUUUAAUGCAAACAUUAUGCAUCAUAUUUAUUAUUGUAAACUAAAUCCUCAGAAAAUGACAAACUGUUACUUUGUGAAAUUCUAAAUUUAAUCCACAAAAGACUGUUUUUUAUCCUGUUUUGAAGCCGUACCUGUGAUAAUAGGGUUAAACAUCCACACAUUUAUUCAACCAAAUCUGAUUUGAUUGUGAUUCAUCAUCUCAUUAUUUAGAACACGUCCAGUACUUAGAACAUGUCCAGUAUUUGGAAUAUGUCCAGUACUUAGAACAUGUCCAGUACUUAGAACCUUUGGAUCUUUUUGCUGUUUUUACUGUCUCCUGUUGCUUUAUUGUUUGUCUGUAUUUGAUUAAACGUUAAUAAACAGGUUUUUGAGUUCA